GGCAGCACAGCCUCGGCUCCCUUGGAGUGUAAAACCACCGGUUCUGCUGCAGGAGAUGUGCUGAGUGUGUGCAGUGAGGGGUCCUGAGGCUGCCCCAGGGCUACACCUCGUUCAGAGAAAUGUUGCUCAGCUCCCAGGCCAGCACGGUGAGGCUUGUGUCAGACACCUAUCUGGCAAAACUCCUGGAAGGGCUCAACAGCCUUCGCUCGCAGAGUGCGCUGUGCGACGUAACACUGGAGGCAGAAGGGGUUUGCUUUCCAGCUCACAAGAUCGUUUUAGCAUCAGCAAGUAAUUACUGCAAGAUCCUGUUUGUUGGAAACUUGACAAGAGCAGACAGCACAGACAGCAACGUUCGGCUGAAAGCUGUCAGUGCUGCAGGGCUGCAGAACGUUCUCAACUUCAUUUACUCCAAUAGGCUAGACCUCUCAUUACAGAAUAUCGAAGAAACCUUCAAAGCUGCAGAAACCCUCCUGGUUCGGGAGGUGAUCAAGCUGUGCUUUUGCUUUCUGGAGAGCUGCUUGAACUGUGAAAACUGCAUAGAUGUUCUUAACAUUGCUAAAAAACUCGGCCCAGCAGAGCUGAGACAGAAAGCCAUGUGCUAUGUAGGGCAGCAUUACAAAGAGAUCCUGGCUGAUCCUCAGUGUUUGAAAGACCUGGACCGAGGAACCCUUUGUGAAAUUUUAGAGAGGACUGACACUGAGGAAUGCUGCGAGCUGGAGCUGUUCAAGGCCGCUGUGAUCUGGCUGGAGCACGACCGCGUGCGGCUGAAAGAUGCAGCAGAUAUUUUAGGGCGCAUAAGAUUCCCUCUCAUUCCUUUAAGGGAUCUGCAGAGCUGUGUCCAGGAAAUGCCCCUUAUGAGGCUGGAUUCAGGCUGCCACAGGUACCUGCAGGAGGCUCUGACUUACCACUCCCGGCUGUAUGCUCAGCCAGUCCUGCAGACGCAGAGCACGAGCCUCCGCUCCGGUUCCACCGCACUGCUGGUGGCUGGCGGCAGAACUGCUGACAACUGCUUGUGCAGAGAGAUGUGGGCUGCAGACCAGAGCUGCAGCGCCUGGCACAAAAUCGGGGACCUCUGUGUGCCAGUGUACAACCAUUGUGUCGCCAUCAUCAACGACUUCCUCUUUGUCAUUGGGGGACAGUGCAAAUUUGAUCCCACAGGAAAGCAGCCAUUGAAUGAGGUUUUCCGAUUUGAUCCCCGCAACGCUUCCUGGCUCCAGGUCGCCAGUAUGCUGGAGAGGCGGACGCGCUUCCAGGCAGCCGUACUGUUUGAUCGCAUCUUCGCUGUGGGUGGUGGGACACUGCUGGGGACCCUCACCCGCACCACGGAACUGUACCAGCCCGCUGACAACAAGUGGGAGUUCACAGCUCCCUUCCCCGUGCCUAUCGCUGAUCACGCAGGCACAACCCACAAGGGAAUACUCUAUAUUUCAGGAGGCUUCUCUGGGGGUAAAACCUUACAAGACACAUACAGCUACCUCCCUCGCCUCCGACGCUGGAUUGGCAACAGUGCCAUGGCUUUUACCCGCUGUGAUCAUGGGAUGGCUACAGUCGGGGACAAGAUCUUUAGCAUUGGAGGAAGGACACUAAAAGGAGUGAAGGAGUGGAUUCAUGUCAGUGAGACAGAGUAUUAUUGUCCUGUAAGCAAUCAGUGGACAACACUAACGCUCUCCCCAUUUAACUGCUGCCAGUUCAGCAUCACAGCCCACAACACUAUGCUGUACCUUGCAGGAGGUGGGAAGCUGAAGCACAUGCAGAAAGAAGACAGUGUCUUCCUGUAUGACACAGAGGGGCAGGUAUGGAAGAAAGCCAGUCCCCUGCCUAAAGCUCUGGUGGAUCAUGCCUCUUGCAUGAUUAAACUGUCCCAAGUGAAUGCAGCUGGUGAGAUGGAGGGAGCCACAAAGCGCUCCCCCACAGGAAGGAGGAAGAAAUCUACCCUCAGCUUGUUCAUCACAAAGAAACAAGAGUCCCACUCUGCCUCAAAAAAGUAAGAGGAUGUGAAUACAUCAAGGGAUCUGACAGUGUUUGCCAAGACAUUAGUAUUUUAACAACUCUUAUAGUUUCCAGGCAAACAUCUUUAGCAGUUAUUUGGAACUGGUACAUUUCUGACUUGGUGCUAUCAUGUGACACACAUAAUUUGCAAAAAAAAAAAAA